CAACGUUUACACUGCAGCCAACAUUUAAAAUGCAAGUUUUGCUGAAUUCUGCGAAGAGUUGGAAGUGAAAAAUUUUUUCUCUUGUAGAAAAUUGCCAAAUAAAAAUAUAAAUAAAAGUUAAUACCGUCUCGCAAUAUCAUAAAAAUAAUAAAUGAUUUCUGCUUUUUCUGAAAUACACAAACGAUUUUAUAAAUUGACGCUUUACAGUACUAAAAAAUGCUAAAAUAUUUUCCAUGAUGGCGGACCUUCGUAAUGUGGAUUGGUUUGUCGCAAUAAGUGGCUUUAUAGUUUAAAUAUAAAAUAUAUAUAUUGGGAAAAAAAACUGAAAUUUUAUGAAUAAAAGAACUUCAAUGAGAUACAUUAACUUGACCAUAAAAUUGGUAAUUGUUAAAACGUUGGUAUAAACAAUCAAAAUUACAGAAAAAGUGAUUUCUUGUGUGGAAACAAAUUAAGGUAACGAACAUAUUUUGUUAAAUAAAAACAUGAGUGGCCGCGGAAGUCGUAAAAGGGGAAGACCUCCAAAAACUCCCAAUGAUCGUGUUGGUGCAAAAUUUAAUUAUCAAUUGCUGAAGAAACCGAAAUAUUUAAGCAAAACAAGCGAUUCACAAUUAAGCACACCUUCAGCCUCGCGAGCUUCAUCUCCACAGGAAAGUGAUGGAAGUAGAAACAACAGGAAAUCGUUAAGUAAAAGCAGAGGAAGAGGUCGCAAAUCGAAUACAAAUUCAUCGUACUCCAAUAGAAAAAAUUACGAAUCAGAAUACCAUUAUGGUUCAGAUUUUGGAGACUCAUCUGAGAAGAGCGAUGACGAUGAUAUUUUAAUGUCAAAUUCCGAGGAGGAAAGUGUUGAAGGUGGAAAUGAGAGUGAAUCAGAGUUUUCUGUAUGCAGCUUUACUCAACCUGGUGUCGGACGACCACAUCGGCCACCUAGCCCAGAUCCUAUUUGGCUACAGGAUAGAGAAUUUGAAUUUUUAGAACUUCCAGAAUCUUCACAAGAUUUAUUGAUAGAUAAUAAUCAUGUAUUAGGCGCAGUUAGCGUUUAUGAGGUUCUAAGAAGAUUUCGUCAUUUGGUACGUCUAUCGCCAUUUCGUUUUGAAGACUUUUGUGCAGCAUUAGUUUGCGACGAACAAAGUGCCCUUUUAACGGAUAUACAUAUAAUGCUUUUGAAAGCUAUACUACGAGAAGAAGACGUACAGGGAACACAUUUUAGUCCAUUAGAUCAAAAAGAUACUGUCAACAUUAGUCUCUAUCUUAUUGAUGCAAUUACAUGGCCAGAAGUAUUGAGAAGCUAUGUUGAAAGUGAUGUUUCCUUUGAUCGCGAUGUUUAUAAAAUCUUGUGUACGGGAGAGUAUCCGUACACGGGUGUUUUAGACCGUAUUCAAGUGUUACAAUUUUUGACUGACCAAUUUCUCACAACAAAUGCAAUCCGUGAUGUAAUGCUACAGGAGGGUCCCAUACACUAUGAUGAUCAUUGCCGUGUAUGUCAUAGAUUGGGUGACUUAUUGUGUUGUGAAACAUGCCCAGCAGUAUAUCAUUUGGAGUGUGUAGAACCUCCAAUGUUAGAUGUGCCAACCGAGGACUGGCAGUGCGGCAUUUGUAAAGCACAUAAAGUAAGUGGUGUGGUAGAUUGCGUUUUGCCGCAAGAGAAACAGGGAGUACUUAUACGACACGAUAGCUUGGGGUUGGAUAGACACGGUAGAAAGUUUUGGUUCAUUGCCCGAAGAAUAUUCGUUGAAGACCAAUCCGGUGAAAAUGUUUGGUAUUACAGUUCGAUAACAAAAUUUCAGUUAUUAUUAAAUUCACUUGAUGUUGACGAUCUAGAAUCUAGACUUUACUCGCAGAUUAUGGAGCUGAAAGAUGAAAUUUUGAGACAGCUUAAAAUAACGGAAACUCUUACAAACGAAUACAAGCACAAUAAAAAGUCGUAUAUUGAAAUUGAAAAUGAAUUAUUAGCUAAAGAUGAUAAGAUGAUAGGCGACAAAGAGGCUGGAGAGGAUGAUAUAAUGGACGGAGCCGAGGAUAUAGAAUCAAAAUUGCCAGAAAACAAAAUAAUUACGAGACAGAAAUCUUUGCAAUUGUUAAAUGGUACACUUAAUUUUAGGUUGGGUAUGGAAAAUACCUUUAAAAGUUACAUCAAUCAAUAUACUUCAAAUGUCAUAGCUUUAAAUAAGCCACAGCGGAAUGAAGAGAGAGACAAGCGUCGGCAUUUAUCUCAUAAGUUCUCACUCACAACAGCUUCGGAGUUUAAAUGGAUGGGAGUAACAAUGGGAACAGCAGAUAACAUCAUAACAACAUUACGACAAACAUUGCUUUCGUUUGAACAAAAUAUUGCAAAUCCGUUUUUAAAUCCGAAUUGGUGCACAUUAAAGAAACUUUGGACUUCGGCUGUUAUGUGUUGCCGUACUCCAUCAGAUUUUGCAUUAGUUUUGUUGCUGUUCCAAUCAUCCGUAAAGAAUGUUGUGUUUGCCAAUGUAUGGCAUGAACAAUUGGGACACACGUCAUUACGUCGCAUAACCGCAGCAGAACGCGAAGACCGCAAGAAAAUCGAAAAACGUGAAAAGCGAGAACGGGACGAUGAAGAAGAACGCAAUCGGUUAGCUUUUAAUUAUAUCAAGUAUACACUUGGCCUAAAGCAUCAGGUGUGGAAACAGAAGGGAGAGGAAUAUCGUGUUCAUGGACAGUGGGGCUGGAUGUGGCUUUCAUCAAACAGACGAUGUGGACGUGCUCGUCGUUCCGCUAUUCGAGGGCAGGCAAUGUUACCUUUCAAAGUAAACGUACACUAUACCAAUGGUACAGAUGUCGAUGAAAUCGUUACUGUCGAUCCACGUACUUAUAGGUUUAUAAUACAAUGCGAAAAUGAUUCCAUUCAAGGGUACAAUUAUAACUACUUGGAGAACUAUAAAAAUGUUAAAGUGAAUAAAAUCAAUGGCAAAAAUAUAGGUAUAAUCGAUGUCUCAAAAUCUCUUUUGAUGGCUGGUCGACUUUUGUACCCAAAAAUUGCAAAAAAAAGUUGUUUGGAUGAUCUACUGUCACGGCGUAUACGACUCAAAGAGGCAGAAGAACAAAUGGGUGUAAAAAAUGAAGAUUCUGAAACAAAUAAUACAUCAAAUGCUUCGCCUCCCCCAGCUUCUUUGAGCAAUGGUUGUCUGCUAACACGAUCGACAUUUUUGGAAAAGCGUUUGUUGCGCUUAGUGGAGACUUCGAAGACUGGGGUGUCGCAAAAUAGCAGCACAAAUGUUAAUAUAGAUCUUGUCAACUCAUUGGCCAAAAAAAUUCAAAGUGUUCGUUUACAGUUUAGUCAACUUAAUCGUUUCGCCAAACAAUACCGUUGCUACACCAAAGAAUGUAAUACAAAUUCGAAUGCUGUCUCUCAAAUUACACAAAAUACAUGUUAUUCACCAUUAUGUUUGCAAAAGGCUAGAGCUAAGAAAGAAUUGCUACUUUUAUUGCGUAAAGCACAUACAGCUGGAAAUGGUUCUAAGGAAACAGUAGCUGCUAUUUUGGGUGCUGUUAAAAAGCCAUCCAUUCUGGAACAAAAGCUAACUGAGGGAAAAAAGGAUUGUAUAGCAUCAUAUGCAGAUGAUUCAGAAGACUAUAAGUGGUUGGAUGACAUUCCCAAGGAUUUAACGGGUGAUUGGGAGCACGCAAGAAACACAGCAAUUCCAUUCGAUGAUAAACUUUUGAAAGAAUGUUACUUAUCAAAUGAAGAGUGUUCAUUGGCAGAAAGUUUGUUAGAUAGUGCUAUUAAAUCUGAAAUUGAUUCCACAGAUAAUAGCACCAGUGUAUUUGGAGGUGAAGAAAAAAUGGAUUUCAUUGACAACAUUGAUGUUUGCAGUAAUGUUGAAGUCGAAAGUUCAGAAACAACCAAUGAUGGCUCUCUAGCGGCAGCGACAUUGAAUUCAAGUUCAUUAGAGGAAUCAAACGAGCAGCAAAUAUCUAGAAGGAGUAAGAAAAAUUCAAAAACUAGAAAUAAAAAUUACAUUGGCACCAAAGAUGUUCUAGAUCAAACUUUAGCAACCGAUGUCGCACAAAAGAAACAAAAUCGACGGUUUCCAAUACAUCAACGGGUUUCAAAACGUGAAGACAUCGCAAAGUUCGAGAAGGAAUACUUUCCCAACGGAAAAGAACGUAUAUAUUCGGCCACAUCAACACGAACACGUAUAUACCUUGUGUCAGACAUUGCAAAAAUUAAUCCCAACAAAUUGGAAAAGCCAACUGAGACAACGGCCGACAACAAAUCUACUGUCAAAAACAUUCGACCAUAUUCGAAAUUUCCUCUGAUAUCUAGUUUCUUAACACAUAAAACUAAAAAGAGUCUAUUCGUUCUACCUCGUUAUGAACUAAUGCGGAUAGCAAGGGUUGGUGGAAAAAUUCCUGCAAAUGGAUUCCACCAUUUAGCCAAAAAUAAUCCAUUAGUAUGGCCCUAUCAAUGCUCUAGGCCUCUUUUUAAGACAUGCUGGUCAUAUCGAACAUCAAACGUUACAACUCUUUCCGCCAUUGCCCUUCAGCUUCGUAUUCUGUGGUGUUGCCUAAGGUGGGAUGAUAUGAUUGCCAAGCCGCCUUCUGCAGAUGGGAAACAUCAAGUAAAUACGGAAAAUGAAAUUGUUACUUUAGAGUUGUUGAAACAAAGAAACUCUGGAAGAUAUGGCGAAAGAACACAAUAUUUACGCCGUAAGGUUGUUAUCCCAUUAGAACUUCCCAAAACAAUUAGAGAGGUAACGUCAAUACGGUCGGGAUUACGUAAAAGGAAACGCGCUGAAUCUCCUCAACCAACCGAGCCUCAAAUAUUUGAAGAAUGGGUCGAAGAAGAUAAACUUGAGUUGUGGGAAAUCAAAUUAAUUGGUGAGAAAAUUGAGAAAGCGAAACUUACAGCGACCACUCGUUCUAUUACCCAGCAACGUCAAAAUGAUUCUUCGACGUCCGGUGUAAAUGCAAUAGUCAGCAGCUUAAACAAAAAUUUAUCGAGUUCGAAAAAUUCGAAUGAUGAUGUAAAGGAAAAAGUUGAACACCAGAUUAGAAUGCAGCGUAUAGCUGCAAAUCCACAAAAGAAAAUUGGAGAGAUAAAUAAAUCAUCCCCUCAAGCUAAAGGUCAAAUAAUUGGAAGUCGUCGUGUUAUUGUUAAAAAUCCUGAUGGUACUACGAGAAUAAUUCAACAAACUGUAGCAUCGCCAGUACCAAAACAGAGUAUAAAUACAAUUAAUCCCGGAGCAACUUCUACAACAACAUCCACUUCAAAUAGUCUUACACAGCAACCUGUUCAGACAUCUGCGCAGAAUGCGACUCAAACGACAAAUAAUUUAUCUUCAUCUGUUUCUCCGGCCCCUCAGCAACACAAAGUCCAAAUCAUAAGGGGUCCAGACGGUAAAGUAAGUGUACGUGGUCUCAGCCCAGGUCAGCAAUUAAUUCAAAUGCCAGACGGAAAGCUACAUGUUCUCACAACUUCGAACUCAUCAACUUCUGCAUCCUCUAGCUCGUCGGGAGUUCAAACUAUUAUUGGUAGUAAGAAAUUACCGGUGAAAACACCAAUGGCUCAACCAAAUUCACCAGUUGUAAAACAAAUUACAGUGAAACAAAUGUCGAAAAGCUCAACCGGAGUUCAAACAGUACAAAAAAUUGUAACAACUCCUGUCAGGUGUGGGCCAAAAAUCGGAACACAGAUUACAUCACAAAAUCAACAUGUUUCUGUUUCACCAGGAGUACAAAAGGUUGUAUCAAAUAUAGUAUCUAAUACGGCCGCAAAAGUGGUUCCAAAUAAUCAAAAUCUUCAACAACUUAUUGUGCAACCCGGCCAAAAACUUCUGGUAGGACAAAACUCGCAAGGGCAAAAGGUUAUAAUUCAGCCCGCACAACAAUCAACAACAUCAACUGCACUAUCUGGACAACCGUUAACUAGUACUGCACAAGCCAUUCCACAAACAACGAAUCAAAUUAAUGCCAGUCAGCAACAAGUAAUUGUUAAUCAAACAGUCCCAAGUGGAACUCAGGUUAAUUCUGUACAACAACAACAACAGCAGCAGCAGCCUCAGAAGGUUAUACAAACAAUUGUCAAUACCAGCAAUGUUCAGCAACAGAUUGUAGUUGGUGGACAAAGAAUAAUUUUAAGUCCUGGACAAACUAUUUUAACACAAAGAUCGAUUCCUGCACAGAACGCAUCACUGCAAGUAGUUCAGUCUCCAACCACGGGACAAAUAAAUACUCUGCAAAAAACAUCAGCUCCUCAAACCAGUUCAUCGACUGUUCAACAAAAUAUACAGUCAUCGAAGGUUUUAAAGCAGUUUGUAAUACAACCACAGCAGACGCAACAAACUACAAAUUCGAUUGAUGCUCAAAACAAUCUAAAUGUUAUCAAACCGCAACAAAAUAUUACUCAUACUCCAGCAAUCGAUGCAUCAACGCCUCAUACUGCAAAUAAUCAACAACAAAUAAUUGUCCAGAACUCAACAUUAGCUCAACAACUAGCACAGGGCAAAUUACAGGUAGCCACAAUUAAUGGACAACAAGUGAUUAUUAAGCCUUUAGGAAAUAAUCAAGCUCAGAUUGUGGCUCACAUAAAAACUCAAAGUGAUGGUAAUGCUCACAUUGUAACAAACACACCAGUUGAACAACAAACGUCUCCCACAAAAACUACGGCUCCAGUUGCACAAGUCGGCAUUUCUCAAACAAUGCAGGGUACUCCUCAACCCCAACAACACCAGGUUAUUGCACCUCAGCAACAACAAAUACAACAACAAUCUAAUCAACCGAUGUCUAUAGAGGAAAGUUUAUUACAAGGACAACCUCCCGGAACAGUGAUUAAAUGCGUUACUGCUCAAGUAAUUCAAACAGAACAAGGACCACGCAUUGUUUUGCAAGGUCUAGUUGGUAACGAUUUUACUCAACAGCAACUUGCACUUGUACAGCAACAAGUUAAACAACAGCUGUUAAAGGCACAAGAAUCCAGCGGUAAGCAAGGUGUUUUGGGACCAACAAAAAUCUAUUUAGCUGUGCAACCAUCAAACCCAGGUGGUCAGCCGCCACCACUCACACCAGUGCAUCAAACACAACAACAAACAACAUAUGUUACAACUAAGCAACUAAAUACAACAUCAGAUAAACCAAAUACAACAGCACAAAAACAUUUUUCGAAUAGUGGAAUACAUUUUAAAUAUAAUUUAACAAACAAAGGAGCAGAUGGCGAACCAGAAAUUUCUAAACAAAUAAAUGCAUCUUUAACAUCCAGCACAGGCGAUACUACACCUCAAUAUAUUGACUUUUCCUCAGAACAAAAUACCAACAACAACAGCAACUCUACAUUGAAUCACGAUCAUUUGAAUGUUAUUAACAAUGAAAAUUCAACUAUAGUUCAAUUGCCUUCAACAUUAAACGCAGAUAUAAUAGGUGUGCAGAGUAAUGAUUUUGAGAAAAAAUCAUUAAAUAUUAAUAAUAUAAACAAUCACGAAUAUGAAAUGACUUUCGAUACUGAUGCCAGAAAUAAUUCUAAAAUAGAGGAGGACAUAAGUUACAUGAAUCUCUCAAGUGAUUUUAACAAAAGUGAGCUGGCUCAAACACUAGAACGCCAUAAGAUUAUUCUAAAAAGCAACAUAUUAAAAAAGCGAUCCACCCUUGAAAGGAACAUACAAAGUGAAAUAAAAGUUGAGAUGUCUAAAAAGAUAUGGACGACAAAAUUAGAAGAUGACGAUAAUGCUUUCUCACAAAACUCCGCAAACGUCGAAACAAGGAAACAAACUAAACAAACGCAUACAAAAUCGAUUGGAACUGUUACAAAUAUUAACUCUUUGCCAAGGAAUCAAUACAACAAGCCUAAAAAGUUAAAUAAAAAGAAAGAAAAGCUCUAUUGUAUUUGCCGAACUCCAUAUGAUGAUACCAAGUUCUACGUUGGUUGCGAUAUUUGUAGUAACUGGUUUCAUGGGGAUUGUGUAAAUAUUACUGAAGAAGACUCCAAAAAAUUAUCGGAAUUUAUUUGUGCUGAUUGCAAAAAAGCAAGAGAUACACAAGAAUUGUAUUGUUUGUGCAAGCAGCCAUAUGAUGAAUCACAAUUUUAUAUUUGUUGUGAUAAAUGCCAGGACUGGUUCCAUGGUCGUUGUGUUGGUAUUGUCCAAAGUGAGGCAGAAUUCAUUGAUGAAUAUGUGUGCCCAGCUUGCCAAAAAAAUAAUUCCGUUAAUAUGGCUAAUAUGAAAAACUUGAGCGAACAUGAAACCGUUGAAUUGCGAAAACUCAUUAAGCAAAUAAGGUCACACAAGAGUGCAUGGCCAUUUAUGGAACCUGUAGACCCAAAAGAAGCUCCAGACUAUUAUAAAGUUAUAAAAGAACCAAUGGAUUUAAAACAAAUUGAAGAAAACUUGAAUAAGAAUAUAUACUCUAAACUCUCGGAAUUCAUUGGUGAUAUGACGAAAAUAUUCGACAACUGCCGUUAUUAUAAUCCAAAAGAAUCGUCUUUUUAUAAGUGUGCUGAAGCUUUGGAAUCAUAUUUUGUUCAAAAAAUAAAAAAUUUCCGAGAAUGUGUAGUAAGUCAGUCGUAAUAAAGUAUUGUUUAUUUUACUUUACAAAUUUACUAAUUUUGAGCCUCUAAGUAGUAUUUUUAUUAUAAAUAUAUGUGAAAAAUAUAUAUAAAAAAGUUGCAACUACUUCGUUUGCUUAGUAUAGAAAUAUAAUAAAUAGUUAAACUUAAGAUUAUUAUGAAUAGAAUUUUGUACAGUCGUUUUAAGCAGAAUAACCAUUGUUUAUGGUUUUGUAAAUAUGCAUUUUUAUUUGUAAUCUACAUCAUAAGAUUAAAUAAAAAAAAAUAAAAGUGUAAAAUAUAUUUUUAAUAUUGUCAGUUAAGUAUAGAUAUAAUAAAAAAAACAGAUGCGUAUCGCCUAUUGCAAAAUUAAUAUUAUUAUAGUUAAUAAAGGAUUAUUAAGCCGAA